AUGUCCAACAUGCUCAACGAUCCCCACACUUUCCUCGAGCUCCUCAAGGAACAGAUCGAGCAAAAUCUCAAGACACAUGUCGGCCACAGCGAUGCCCCGGUUAUGUCCAAGUCUGAUGCAUUCGAUUUAUCUCAAUUCACGAGCAAGGUUCAGUUCGAGAAGGAGAUGAAUGAACAAGGGCUCAUGGUUGAGACCAUCUUCCAUAACUCCGCUCCGCCAAUUCUAUACGAGCAGGCUUUGAAGCACGAGAAGGGUUCCUUCAUCACAAGCACUGGUGCAUUGGCCGUGAGCAGUGGUCGUAAGACAGGACGAUCUCCGAGUGACAAGCGUAUAGUCGACAGUCCUGUCGGUCACUGGGCAUUCACUAACGAGAUUUGGUGGGGAAAGGUGAAUAUCAAGUUGAAUGACGAGGCGUUCCUCACCAACCGUGAGCGUGCUAUUGAUUAUCUCAACACUCGAGACCAGCUGUACGUCAUCGAUGCCUUUGCGGGCUGGUGCGAGACGUAUAGAAUCAAGAUUCGCGUGAUUACCUCUAGGGCGUAUCAUGCUCUGUUUAUGCAAAACAUGCUCGUGAUGCCGACACCUGAGCAGUUGAAGGACUUUGGGAAUCCCGAUUUCAUCAUAUACAACGCCGGCUGCUUCCCGGCGAAUCGCUUUACCUCUGGAAUGACCAGCAGUACUUCCGUGUGUGUACAUUUCCAACGUAGAGAGAUGGUCAUCUUGGGCACGGAGUAUGCUGGGGAGAUGAAGAAAGGCAUUCUCACUUUAAUGAUGUAUGCGAUGCCGAUGAAGAUGCAAUUGCCACUACACUCCUCUUGCAACGUGGGGCGCGAGAACAAGGACGUGACGCUAUUUUUCGGCCUGUCUGGUACUGGUAAGACUACGCUGUCUGCCGAUGUGAAGCGCGAUCUACUGGGUGAUGAUGAACAUGUAUGGAGUGACACUGGUGAGCUAUAG